GCGAUCGAGCGUAGCCAGUCGCCAGCCAGAGCUCAGUGACGGUUAGUCGGGCCCCGGCUGGUCCGGGUUUCGCCCGCUAAUUACCUACUGCAAGCCAAGCAGCGACUGGCGAUCGUCCUCGACGUGUCAAGUCAUCCUCCGUCGAAUCUUCGUCUUCUCGAGUUUGCUAGAAACAUCUCCAACGAAUUUUACAUAACGUCAAAAGAACUCACGCAAUCAACUUUCGUAUUCAUCAAUAGGGCCUUGAGUACUACAAGAAAACAGUCGAUUUUCAAGGAUGGAAACUCUCAAUCAAUCAUCAAUCAGAAGAUUACGAAAAUCUUCCGCUUAGCAAUGAUCGCUAAUCUCCAAGUGCUCCGUGCCCUUUAUUUUUCUGUCGCAGAUCGAGGAAGACGUCGCACUACUACUACAUACGCCCAUUGUUCAAUUUGGGAAGAUAAUUCAAGUUGCGAACCAGUGAUGUAUUCUCACAACGCGUAAACGCAAGAGAUGUAAUAAUCCAGCGAAUUGACAGAGAGAAAGGGACCUUGGACUUAUUAAUCGGUUCUGGCAAUUAACGAUGGGAACGUCGCUGCAUAAUAUAUCCACUGUUGCUGCUGAGAGCGAAGGAUCAACGAAGAAGAAAGCAACGCGAAUACGCAACACAACAGCAACCCCUCAUCAUUCACCGGAAGAAGAAUUACCUGGACAUACAGUGGCUUCUCUGCAUCUUCCUGCAAUUGGAAAACAGCAUCGCGACAACACAAUACAAUAUCCCGCUCAAGUAAGGGACGAGUCACUUGGCGCUCAUCAGUUUCUACAAGAUUCCGACAUCGUCUGGCUAAAUAGUUCCGCAUCAACCAACAACACAUACCAUGAGCUAAACGUUACAGAAAACCACCGGAAACUUCACACACGAAUCACUGAGCACAUCGGCAGUUUUCACCAGCACUACAACAAGUGCUUUUCAUCCUCGAGAUCACUACUGAUUAAAUCACAGAAGAACCCGUAGCAGAACAAGAAGAACAUACAGUUAAAAAUGAUCAACAAUUGCAUCAUCAAAUGAAUAACCGGGCUUAUUCAUCACCGAUAAAAAAAAAA